AUGUGUGAAGCCGUAUCUCUUAACGAUACUGAGAUUAAAGCACACGCCGAUGGUACAUUAUCUUCUUCCGUUGAGAGUGAAUUAUCCUCUUCGACUCCAACACUUUUAACGGGUACUGGUGAUAUCUAUUCAGGUUAGUAACGAACUUUUUCAUUGACUAAUAUCUCUGAAAGAUUUGUUCGUCUGUUAGAUAUAAAAUGUCACUGUAUAGAAUAACUCAUUAUUAUUUUCUAACGAUCAAAAUGG